AUGAAAAAAAAACGAAAAAAAGGCUCUGCUGAUACGUCAAUAUCAACAGAUACACCAAAAAAUGAGGACAAUAUAAAUAAAUUAACUAUAGAACAUUUGGAAGAAUCUACGGAUAGCCUCAGUAGUGUAAAUAAAUCAAACACGGAACGUUCUCAUGAUAAGUUAAAAGACGCAUCAAAUUCAAAUGAUAAUAUUGGAGAAAAGGUCAUAGAGAAUGAAUUCAAUUCCACAAAUAAGAGCGAUAACACCAAAACUGAUGAUGUUGGAGAACCCCCAUUAAUUACUAAAAUAUCUGCACCGCCACGUAGUUUGUCAAUAACACGGUCGUCUAGACGCACUGCUUCAAUUGACAGGCUCCCACCUCUGGUUUCUGUUGAUGAAAAAGGUGCACAACCUUUGGUAAUUGAACCUCUUCCACAGACAAUCGAUACUUUAUCACAGUCAAAAGAUAUAACAUCUGUUCCAUACACGCCUACCACUCCGACUUUACCAGAAUCAAAUAGCCAAUAUUUUAAGCAAGUUAUUAAUCGUCGACAGUCCAAUUCAGCAGACGAGUUUGCAGAAAGGAUGCGUACAGCUGCAGUCAUGCUUGCGCAACUAAAUGCAGCGCAACAAGUGCGCACAUCUUCCACUGGUGAAACAAUACAGAGAACUAAGGCUGAUACUGAAGCAAUACGGAGAAAGAUAAUUAGCGAAAUGAUGGGUUUAGAAGAGGAAAGAAUGUUGAAAAUAACAACCCAAGGUGUUACUAGUGUAGUUGGUAACGGUGGCGAAGGCGGUGGUGGUGAGAUGUUGGAAGACGAAAGGCGUGUUUUGAUAGCCGUUAAUAAGGAUGACCCAAGUGCUGCCGUAUUUAGUGAAGAGUGGGAAACGAAGAAGGAGCGUAUUCGUAAAUCUUCACCAUUUGGUUCUCUUUCAAACUGGCGUCUUUUGUCAGUUAUUGUAAAAACUGGUGCCGACUUGCGUCAAGAACAAUUAGCUUGUCAAUUAAUUCGAGAAAUGCAGAGAAUAUGGCAAGAAGCUGGCAUUAACGUUUACAGAGUACUUGUAACAUCUGACAAUUCAGGAUUGAUAGAAACCAUUCAAAACACCAUUUCGAUCCAUUCUAUCAAAAAAGAUGCGUAUGCAAAAAGGUUAAAUGAAAAAGGAUUUAUGUUUACUUUAUUUGACUAUUUUGUGAAGACAUAUGGCGAUGUUUCAUCAGAAAAAUUUUUACGUGCUCAAGAUAAUUUCAUGAGAAGUUUGGCAGCUUAUUCGCUUGUUUGUUAUAUUUUACAAGUGAAGGAUCGUCAUAAUGGCAAUGUCCUAUUGGAUACUGAAGAUAUCGAUUUUGGAUUCAUGCUCUCGAAUUCACCCGGCUCCGUCGGUUUCGAACUUGCACCUUUCAAGCUCUCGCAAGAAUAUUUGGAUAUCCUUGGUGGUGUAACCAGUGAGAAAUUUGCGGAAUUCAAAACGCUGUUAAAACAAGCUUUUCUUGAACUGCGCAAGCAUGCCGAUAACUUUAUAUUAUUAGUUGAGAUGAUGUCCAAAGAUUCGAACCUUCCCUGUUUUCUUUCUGGUGCAGUCUCUCAUCUUCAUGAUAGGUUUCAUCUUUCUCUUACUGAACCACAGUUUGAUGAAUUUGUUGAAAAGUUGAUCAUGUCAAGUUGUUGUAAUGUGUUUACUCGAUUGUAUGAUACUUUUCAAUAUUACUCUAAUGGAAUCCUAUAA